AGCGUCGUACCAACACACAUGGACAGAUUUGGAUUUCAAUUUGUGGUGUCUUCCCUCUGAUUCGUACGUGUAUAAGUGGUACCAAACCCAUAAUUUUUCGCAUUUUUGAACUUUAUUGCUGCACUUCAGUACGAGUAAGGGAGGGCCGUGGACUUGGCGUUGGAUUGUGUUUUUUUUUCCUCAUUUACAUCCACAGUCACAAUGGCGAGUUCCGACGAGGAGAUGGAUCUUCUCCCGGAGGCCGAGCCCACCACCGACGUGGCGGCCACGACGUCCGCGCCCGGGUCCACCGCGUUUGGGGCCGUGCUCGGGCAUGUGCAGCCCACUUCCGGCUCCGGCAAGAAGAAACUGCUGGACGCACUGGCGCCGAUGCUGAGCAUGACGCAGUUCGUGAAACAGCAGUACCCGAAGAAGGAGGUGAAAAAGGGCCCGCCGAAACACCUGAACGACUCGACCACCAUCAUUGGGUUCUCGCAGCGCCGACGAAAAUUUCCGAUGCUGGUGCGGACCAAGCAGUUGAUCGACGAGUUUUUGCACUUCAAGCGGAAACAGGUCGCGGAGCAGGCGGAGGAAGAGAAAAAGGCGCUGGACCGGACGGUCGCGAACCCACUGGAGGACCCGGAGAUGGCGGCCAAACCGCGGAAAUCCUUCGCCGACGUGGCGAAGAGUCUGUCGCAAACGCGGCUGUUUUUGGCAAAGGCGCAGGCCGACGCGGCGGAGACCCGGGAGGUGAAAAAGCGCGAGCCGAAGGACCCCGAGUCCAAGGUGAAAGAGAAGCGCGUGUCGAUCUCGCAAGCCUUUCAAGAAUUCUUCGACAUGCAGUCGGGCUUGGCAAAAGCGUCGAUCGAGAAAACGAAACAGGCUUCCUCGUUGGACGCGAGGGUGGCGAGGAAACUUGCGAAGGUACUUUUGAGUAUAAAUGAAAAAUAGAAACCGUGCACUUUUUUUAAGCUCCUUUUUUGAGGUUCUGCGUUCUUCUAGCGAUGAUAGAUUGAUGCUUGAAGUAGUUACUCUCGUCGCGGAAAUUUUCAAAAAUCCAACCCCAGGCCCGCCGCGGACGCAAAUCUUGGUUCGCCGUCGCUGAGAAGUGCUUCAAGCAGAUUGGGGAGGACGCGCAGCUGUUUCGCGAAUUCAAGGAAGUAAUGCUGGAUCCGAUGAUCCGGUGGCGGUCCAUGGGGUUCAUUCCCUACACCGCCGACAAGGACCGCCGACGCAUGGCCGUUUCGCUGCAAGACAAGUCCCGUCACGUCAAGUACUACUACCGGAAGGAGGACACACAGGAGCUGAUGUUCUGGCACGGCCCGCGCAUGGUCGCGGUUGCGGACCGCGUGGAACGCGAGGCGUAUAACAAAGCCCAGGAGGCGGAAAAGGAGCAGAGCAAGCAGCCCGACGCUUCUGCGGAGCAACAAGCGGGCGCGCCGAUAGAUGCGCGGCCGAAGAUAAUCCCCAUGAAGCCGGAGUUGGAUCGGAUCAACGUGGCCCUGUAUGGGUCGGAAAAGCCGCCCGGCGUCCACCAGUUCGGCGCACUGAAGCGGCUGCAAACCGAGAAGGGCCAGGUGCAAACGCUGCAAACGCAGACGCAAUUGCGGCAGUCGAUGCAGCUGUGGGGGAAUGUGCUCGGCGCAAACAUGUUGUUGAUGAUGGCGGAGGGCGCGCAGAAGAAGGACGUGGACCACGUCCGGAAUCCGGACCACUUGACGCUGCAAGAAAAGAUCGAUCAGAGCGCCUCCGGUUCUUUGGAUGUCGAGCGGUUUUUGACGUUUGUCAUUGACGGGUACGGCAGCUUGCGCAAGGUGUUCGAGGCGAUGCAAGGCGAAGAGUCGAGCGAGAAAGGCAAAGUGUCCAAGCGGAGGUUCAUAAAAUUCCUGUGGGACAACGUGCGGCUCGAGGCGACACUGCUCUACUCUCUGCUCGAUGAGGCGCACAAGGGCUUCAUCACGUUUGAAGACCUUUACUCGCUGAUGCCAUACUUCCAGGACAUGGUGAUCCACAUUCAGAACAACACGGGCACGAACUUGAGUAAGUUGCAGCCCCUCGUCAACGACAAGCCCACGCGCGAGGAGCUGCAGCGGCAGUUUUCCCGGCCGCUGACCCCGGAGCAGCUGAAGGCCGCGGAGGAGCAGCACAGUGACGACGUGAAGAACAAGAAAGCGAAGAAAGCUUUGGUGUCGCUGGAUCAGCGCAUUCAGGCGGAGCGACCGUCAUCCAGGGGCGACGACAGUGAAAUGGAUUCCUCGAAGCAAGACUCUUCGCAGACGUCCACGGGCGGCUACUUUGCCUCGCGCGUGGACAAGAACGCGGCGAAAAAAAUCGAUCUGUUCUCGGAUGAGACGGAAAACGUCGCCAGUCUGUUCACCCGCCAGGGCCACCAGGCCACGCCGGGCGCGCACGGCAGUGAAAGCAUUUUCCUCGAGAUGGGGCGGAGGGAUUAUCCAAAGCAAAUGCUGCUUUUUUUGCACCAGAACCACAAGACCAAGGACGGCCCGGUGCCGUUGCUGAUCAAGGGCAGCAAGAGCGUGAAGAGUCUGCAACUGGUUUUGACCCUGGUCCAGAAGUACGCGCCGCCGAGCACGGGACGGGUACACGCGCUGUUCGACGCGUUCACGCGAAAGCGAGUGAAGGUGUUUAAAGAUUUGCAGCACGGAGGGCACUACGUGGUGAAGGGGUGCGAGCCGUUCGCGAUCAAGGAGACCAUCUUUGCCGCAAACGUGGAGCGGCUGGACAAGCUCGAGCCCGACGUUGCGCCGCUGCCGGACUGGCUGGAGCAGACGCAAUCUUGGUCGCACGCGAAAUUUGCGAAGGUGGCAAAAUUCCUCGCACCGCCCAGUACGGCGUCGACACAGCCGGGAAGCACGGUGGCCUCCUCCCCCUGUGCGGAACACUCCUCCCCGAGAGCCAGCAUUCUGAGUCGGGAAAGCGGCGCAGACCACGUCGACCACGACAAACACGUUCACUUCUCCCCCCAGGGCUCCGGCGCGUCUGAUGGCCAGCGCAGCGGUUUUUCCUCGCCGAAGCAGCCGGCGAAGGCCCGGCCGCGCGGCAGCGCGCUGCUGCGACUUCCGACGCAACUGCUGAACGCCGGGUCCGGUGCGAAGAUCGACUUCUCGGUCGAACAGACGCCGCAGAGUCGCCGCGCGCGCGCGACCGCGGAGAAAGACUACACGGUAGAUGAGGAGCUGUUGGAUGUCGGCGCCUUGGUCGGUGGCGGCUCGCGCCCGGAAACGCCAAGUGGAUUAGCUCCCUUUGCGGAGCAAGCGCAGCAGAUCUCCCGCGAGGACCGCCUGUUUGGCGCUCUGGGCUCCUCCAGCUCCAGUGCGGGCGAGGACCAGUUGCAGCAGGACAUUCUCGGCGCCGACGCACAGGAGGGUGACGAAGCUCUCGUCCAGCAGAUCGCUUCCGACAGCAUGGUCGUUCCGGGCUACGUGGUCGACGCGGAUGACUUGCCGUCUGACGUGGAGCGCGAGAUGGCGAUGUCGGUGCACAGUGCGGACACCGACCGGCCUGCGCGCAGUUUCAUGCGCAACUCGGAGCCGAGCGACGACGAUGUCGGUGCGACGAUUGUGGCGCACGCACUGGUCGCAAACAUGCAGGAUUUAGAUCAGGCGGAAGAAGGCACGCCGGAUGUUGUUGAUGAUGCACCAGUAGAACUACAACCAGGAGCGACUGUGGAAGUGGAGGUGCCUGCUGGAGAAAAUGAAGCAGAAAAUGUCUCUCCUAACGACGAACAGCAAAACGAAGCAACUGAAAGUCCUAUCGCACUGGAAGGUGAUCACGAGCGUGCUGCGAACCUCACUAGCUUAGCCUCGUCCUCCUGUGGUGGAUCCUCAUCCGAAGACGUGCAGUACAUCCCUUUGCAGCCCUCGACGGACGAAGAACUGAUUUCUCGCGGUGCCAGCUUCUUUACCUCCUCCAAGCGCCUCCGAAGCGAGCCGAGCGUCAGCGUGCGCGAAGAGGAUCAUGCGCUGGAGAGCAAGACGGGGAGUCGUGUUGACGAAACAAAAAUUGUAGCGCAGGAAAUGAAUCAAAAUCGUGCUGAUGUGCUAUCCAAGGACGACAGCACCCCCAGCCAGUGCAACACUAGUAUGGAGCACGAGAGCAGUGUGUUCCACUUCUACAAGCACGAGGUUGACCAAGCGAUUCCCGAGCUCCGCGAGUCGACGCCCGAGUCCACGACGCAGCUAGACGCCGAAGAUCCCUCCGUGAAGUCCCGCCGGCGGGAGCAGAAGUCGCUGCGGCGCCACAUGAAGAAGACGCAGAACCGCAUGGAUCCAGCGACGGACGACAUGCGGCGGCGGCUGCUCUCGUCCGGCAAGGAGUUCUACGGGCACCUCCAGGUGGGGUCGCACGAGCAGGCCACGCUGACGGACAACUCACAGGACCUCCAAAGGCAGGGCCCGCCCAGCCCGGAUCACGACGGCCACCGCCACGGCAUGUUCGACAACGACGGGGUCCUGACGAUUCUGGCCAAGGCGCCCGCCCGCCGGAUGUCGGGCCGUCUGCAGAGCUCCUACUCCUUCGCGCACGACAUCGUCAUCUCCGCCUCCGAGGAGGAUCAGGAGACCGGGAUUCUGCAGGGCCUGGGCGUGACCGAGAAGAUCGUCCAGCGGUCCUUGUCCGAGUUCACGGUCGGGAGCGACGUGAAAACCGAGUGGUUCAACGAGUACCGGACCCGUCUGGAGACGCGGAAGCAGGAGGAGGACGGGGAAUUGGAAAAAAUGGUCGCGCUGUCCAACCUGGUCGGCAUCCCGCUGAGCAAGCUGCAGUCCGCAGGCAAGACCACGGGGAUGGGCAUCUUUUCGCGCGCGGCAAUCGACACGCCAGUGGACGUGGUCGACCCGGCAGAAACGAAGAAGACGCUGAAGCAGAUGAAGAAGGAGCGGCUGGUUUCCGAGCUGCAGGGCUCGCGCGGCGCCCGCUUCGGUCUGUUCGGCGUGGACGCCACGGAGGCGCACUUGUGGCAGCAGGAGCCGAGUGUGAAGGGUGUGUUCCCCGCGGACAAGAUGCGCCAGGUGUUUUCGCCGCGGGACCUGGACGAGUCGAAGAAGCCGCCGUUUCCGCUGGACCAAGUGGAGAAGCCGACGGAAUUGACGCUGGCUCUGAAAGAGUUCGAGAAGAAGCGGGUUGCGGCGGUCAAGGAAGCCUAUAACCUAGUUUGCGCCGAAAAGGACGCGCAACUCGCGAAAGAGGCGGAAGAGGCUGCGCGAGCCGCGGAGGAAGAACAGCGCUUGGCCGAGGAGCGCGCAGAAUUUUUAGCAGAACACGGAGACGAAAUCGGAGGAGAUUUUGUGCCUGCGCUCUCGGAGGACGGCGAGCACAGCAGUGUUGCGCACUCACGACAGGGGUCCACCACGAUCGAGCCAGCCCAUGCAGCUUUAUCUCCGAAGAAGCACAAGCACUCUGCCCCGAAGAAGAGCAAGAUUUACGAGCAGGUGCGGCAGUGGUACCUGGACCACCAGCUGAAGCGGGUGCAGAUGGGGAUGCCGCCGUCCUUGCAGACGCUCUUUGGCAAGCAGAACAAGGCCGGCAACGCCAUCAACCCGGAAGAGGAUGUGCCAACCGCCGUCGUGCGAGAGCUGGUUUUGAAGUACGGAAAGGAAUUUUUGCCCCGCGUGGACGUCACCGGCAGUGUCGAGUUCGAACGGGAGUGCAAGAAGGCGCUCGCGAAGGCGGGCGUGGUCGACUACAAGGUCGAGUGCAUCCUGCUGUCCACACUGCUGGAGUCCAUGAAGAUCCUGCCGGCGAGCGAGCUGGAGUCGUCCGAAGAGGAGGACGCCGAGAAAGAAAAGAACAAAGACGAGGAGGAGGAGGAGGACGAGGAGGAGAAGCGGCGGAAGGAGGAAUUACGGGAGCAAAUCGUGUCCCGCUUGUUGGUGCAGAUCGGAACGGCCUUCUACGCUACCGAGGGCUUGACCGAGGUGGACUCCGAGCGCGUUUUGAAAGGCCUGUCCGGGCGCGAGCCGGAGGCCUUCGUCGUGUACAAGGGCGACGCGAACAAGAAGGAGGAGGAGCAGUCUCCGACCGCAUUAAAGCCGUCUUUUUUCCAGCUCGCGAAGAAAGAAUCCGCUCGCAGCAAAGACACGGCGGACGACGAGACGCUGCACGACGGCGACACCAGCGAAGCGGCGCAGGUGGAGCAGGGCAAAAAACUGAACGCCAUGGAGGCCACGGACCUGCGCGAAGACGCGUUUUUCCGCCUGGUUACCGAGCGCGGCAUGGAGAACCGAGCUCGGUGGUGGAUGGAGAAGGAGCGGGAGAAUAUGGAGCACAAUUUGUACGACUUGCUCGGGUCGGCGGAGGCGGCGGAAGAAAUGGGACGCAACACCCGGUUCGUCGCGCCCUUCGACGCGGAAAGUCUGCACGACAAAAACGACGGGAACGUCCGGGAAUUCGAGAAGGAAGUGAUCCAGGCACACUACAACGACCAGGCCCGGACCAUGCUGCACAACUGUAAGGAGGUGCUGGAAGACCACAACAGCGAAUUCUGCCGCUUCCUGAAAAACCUCGCGCCGCACGACGUGUUCCACUGCUUGCAGGAGGUGCUCACGAAUUGGACGGACUACGACUCCUUGCGGCACGCCUGCACGCGCAAACCGGAGUAUUCCCCGUUGAUCCACUUCCCACUCCCAGUCGACGACGACAAGGAGCUGCAACUGGAGCGCAAGCAGCGCGCGGCGGAGGAGCUGGUGCGGAAGUACCUGCGGGCACAAAGGCGGAACCUGCGAUCGUGGCACUACAACAAGUUUCUGCUGGACAAGGAUCUGAACCAGCAAAUGGAAAAGGCUGUUAGGAUUUUGUCCCAGGACCGGAAAGACGCGCUGCUGGAUGAGUUUGGCGAUCAGGUGUCGCUCUACCCGCGGGUGCGCGACAACAACUUCCCAGGCCUGAAGAACUUCCCCGAGAUCCAGCACGGCAUGUUCUCCUACGCCCACUGGCUGGUGCAGGCGCUGCGCGAAACCGAGCUGACGCUGAAGCAAAAGCAGGAGCUGCUGUCCGCGCAGGAGCUGAACGAGCUCAGUACGCAACUGGACCAGAGCGUGAUGGCAACGAGCGAGAGCAGCGGCAGCACGGUUCUGAGCAAGGACAAAGUUCUUGCGACGCCAACCGGCCCGGAGGCAUUGUCGGAUUUCACGCGGACGCUGGCACUGACGAAAGCGGCCAAGUCGGACAGCGAGACGAAGAAGAAAGCCCUGGCCGGGGAGACCUUGUCGCUACAAAGAGUACUUCCUGAUCCGAAGGACGGCCAGGUGGACACGAACGAGAUCAGCAACCCCUUGCUCCGCGAGAAGCACGCCGCGCGCGUGGCCGAAGUCGGUCGGGCCGCGCAGCGGUUGCUGAUGAAGAACAAGAACGCCAGCGUACAGGAGCUGAUGGUCAGUCAGUACCUGAAUCACGGGGAGUACCACUUCGCCCUCGGCGUCGGGGGUCCGCGCCACCCCUUGCCCAAGCUCCGCGGACCGCGGAAGGAGAUCAAACGCGCCAGGGAAUGGAAUCGCUUCUCCGGCACGAAUAAGUCCCUCGGUGACACGACGCUGUCGACCACGACGCUGAGCCGGGGCGAGGACCUCCAGGUCGUGCAGAACGACCCACACACCGCCGCGCCAAAGCACAGCACCACGCCGAUCAAACGCAAGUACGUCAAGGCCACCGGAGGUGCGCAGAUCAGUGCGCCAGCAAGUCCGGUGGACGGAGGAGCACUCUCGCCCGUCGACGACGAAAGACCACAGCAACAGCCACUUGACCUGGAGCCCCGUGACCGGGCGUAUGUCGUGGCGAAAGAAAAGGAGCUGGCGAACGCCGACGAGGCGGAUAUGCUGGUGGGAGACAUGAACGACGCGGCGGACGCGCGGGACAAGCUGCUCGACCGACGGUUCGGCCCCUCGCUGCACGCCCUGCUCGAGAUGGCCGCGCGUACCCGUCAGAUCGUGUCCCCGGUCUCCGGCGAAGUGGUGGUCGUGUCCGAAGCGGAGAGACACGCAGCCUCGGCGCUCUUGCAGAACGCUGCGGAAGAUGCUGUUGGAAACAACAAAGGGCACAACAAGCCCAUUGCUCUGGAUGCCGUCACGGAUCUGUUGCUGCAAAAGUUGCAAAACUCGCUGCAACUGGAGCCCGCUCCACCGGCAUCCACGAAGCUCGCGAUCCAGUACCCGGGAUCCAAAACCAUGUUGCCCAAGCAAGAGGGGCAGCAGCCGCCGAUGAGCUCGAGUUCCGCCGCGCGGGGCCGCGGCGGCAAAAAGAUCGGCGUCAGCACCAUGAGUCUGCCGACGGUGCCCCUCAAGGGCCAGCUCGGUCAGAAGGUGGCCACGCCGCGCGACAUGAAGAUGCGCAAGGCCUACGGUCCUAGCAGCGAGUCCGGGUACGUGAUGCGGCCCGAGGGACUGGUGCUCGCCAAAAGAGGAACACCCAAGAAGUCCGUGAUGAACACCACCCUCUGGUCUAGCACGGAAGUCGGCGAGUCUCUGAUCCCGGAUUCCGUCUACGAUCCGACGAAAACCUGCUUGGACCGGGAGCUCGCGAAGGGACCACCCGUGCUGGGAACGCUUUCCUAGGAGAAGAUGAAAACGUCGUAGAUCGGACAAGUAGAGGGAAAAAAGUUUCAAAGAUUGUCUUCAUCUGUUUUUUUUUUAUUCCAUUUCCAGAGGUUGUAGUCGUUUUCGUAAGCGUUUGACAUUUUUGACUCGCGUUUUUUUUUCAUUAUGACAGUUGUACAGACCAUCAACAUCAAACAUAUCAUCUGACUCUAUUAGCAGCUAUUGGCAACAAGAAGUCGACAAAGAAACAUUCAUAAACAUACCUUGUACUUAUUUUUUGGUUCAUUUACACAUGCGUUGUACAUAUCAUUUUGGUUUUCCAAGAAUCAGGGCCUGGCUGCUCCUUCUCUACAUCACGCAUCCAUACAUAGCUUUUUUUUCUCGUAGACACCUUGCAUUGGAAUGCUCGCUCGCGUAUAGUCUGUCAAAAUGUUUUUUUCCUGAACAGCAAGCACGACACUCUGCUUCUGCAGAGGUGGAGAUAUUUUGUUUUGACAGAAAACGCGCGUUGACCGCGCCGUGAAAACAAGACAUGCGAAACAGUCAGAAACUGAGCAGGCAAAUGCGGGGGGAAAAAGGCUAGGUAGAAC